GAAACACCAACCUCACUAUUCAGCGUAAAACAGCUAAAAAUAACCGUACGAUUCACUGAGACAGCCCCGAUAUCUGUACCUGUUGACGUGCGCGUGUGUUAAGUCAGUAAAGGCACGUGACACAUAAUGGCGAGGUCAGCGCGAGCGACGUGCAGGUUUCGGAAACUUCUGUCUAUCCUGCUCCUGUUUAUCCUAGGACAGACUUGGAUCAUCCUUAUGUCACUUCCCCAGUCAUUCCGACAGUUGGAAAUCGAGAGCGUCGAACUAGCACAGAGACAUCGUGAGGUGUCGCACAGACUAAGUGUCAUUGAGGACCAGAAAUAUACGUCAAAACUGGACAGAACUCUACAAACUAUCCUCGCCCGUCAUCAGACCUCUGUCGACACCAAAACCUUCAAUUACAAUAUAUCGGCUGGAGACUCCAUUUCCGUCCGACGUUCCAUCCCAGACACCAGACAUCCGGAAUGUCUAAAUAUCUCGUAUCCAAUGGAAACUGUUCUAACAGUGUCUGUUGUGGUGAUUUUCCACAACGAGGCUCUGUCCACUCUUCUCCGGACUGUCCAUAGUAUCAUAGACAGGUCCCCCGCAGAAGCUCUCAAGGAGGUUAUCCUCGUGGACGAUGCCAGCACGAUUAUGUAUCUUUGGGACGAUCUAGAUAUGUAUUUGUCGCUGGUACCCAAAGCUAGGGUGUUAAGGAACCACCAGAGGGCGGGACUGGUCAGGUCGAGGAUGAACGGGGCCCGAAAUACCACGGGUGACGUUUUGGUGUUCUUUGACGCCCACAUGGAGUGUAACACGCGCUGGUUGGAACCGCUAUUGCACAUGCUCCAGGCCGAACCCACUGCCGUUUUACAGCCUUCAGUUGACAUAAUAGCUGCCAAAUCCAUGGAAUAUUAUGCCUUCAACCGGGGACCAAGGUUCCGGGGUGGUUUCGGCUGGGAUCUAAGGUAUGCUUGGUUUAUGGUACCCGAGUAUUUGGAACUGGCCAUGACAUCCAGGACUACACCAUUCAUUACACCUGUCCUCGUGGGGAACGCCAUCAUCGUCCGAAGGGAUCACUUCUUUAGGAUCGGGGGCUUCGACGAGGGGCUUGACAUCUGGGGAGGGGAGCACUUUGACCUGUCCUUCAAGAACUGGCUGUGUGCCGGGAGAGUACUCACCGUUCCUUGCUCCAAAGUCGGACAUCUUUUCAAGGAGGGCUUAAGUUACAGUUUCGAUGGUGACCGCAAAACCAUUAUAAGAAAAAAUAUGAUGAGAGUAGCGGAAAUAUGGAUGGAUGAGUAUAAAGAUUUAUUUUACAAAACUAGUCGAGCACGAGAUGCCUUCUUUCCUAAGCUUGACCAAAUAUCUCUGAAAAGACAGAAGGAUUUCAUAAAGUCUUUACAUUGUAAGCCUUUCCGUUGGUAUCUUAAGAGCGUACUUCCGGAACAGAAAGUGCCCCCUGUUGACGCUGCUUUCUACGGGGAGAUAACCAAUGUGAGAACGUCGGCAUGUUUUACUGUUUUGGAUGACCAGUUCAUAGGGAUUACAUUCGAGUGUUUUAAGUACAGAAUUCUUCCUUUCAAUUCAUUUACCUUUACAGUGAAUAGUGAAUUCAAAUACAACGAGAAGUGUGUCUUUGUUGAUAGCCAGAACCUUUUUCUGAGAGUAGGCACUUGCGGUGCGGCACGCGGGGUGCUUUCCGGAAGGUGGUUGUUCCCGACCGAAAAUCCCGUCUCGUCGAUUGGAACUCUUAUGUUCGAGAUAACAGGCGGUAUUGAGAUGCUUUGCGUCCGACACGUCACGGGUGUUGUACCAAACGUCCACUUCAAAGAACAAAUGGCACAGGCUAUAAAGUGCAACAACAGUGCUAAUUUUGCGGCGUCCUAUCAGAACUGGUCAUUCAUGUAUAAACUUGUUUGAAAAAUUAUUGAAAUCAUGUAAAGUAUAUUAAAGUACUUAAAAU